AUGAAGACUAUCACAUUGAUCUGCCUGCUCGGGACCGCGGCGUCAGUCUCGUCUUUUCUAACCACACCAUCUCCGGGCCGAGGUAAUGGCGGCGCGUUCAUCGUUCAGAACCAGAAUAAGGUCGUGGACCGAUCUGUCCCAGUGCCGGUCGCCGUCCCGGCGCUAGUUGUGACCACCACCCCUCCGCCACCACCACCGCCGCCCCCCACGACAACCCCUCCCCCGCCACCUCCCACGACAACCCCUCCCCCGCCACCACCGACCACUCCGGCCGUGGUCCCCGUCGCAUCAGCUCCCUUGUUACCGGUGGCCCCUGUUGCUACACCUCCGGUGUUGCCCGUGGUUCCUGUAGCACCUCCGGUCUAUCCCGCUAUUUCGAUCUUUCCAAUAGCAAUCCCCACGGUCACGGUCGUGAGGGAGCCCGUUGUGGGAGACAUUCAGGUCGCGAUAGUGCAUCACUGA